CUCACUCUUUUUUUUUCUAAGCCCUUCGGCUUUAUCAGUCUCCCCUUCUUCUUGGACCCUACAGACCUCAUAGGACCCGGGGCCACAUCAUGUUUCCACGUGCGCUGCUGCUGCUGUGUGUCUCCACAGGCUUGGCUGCCACACUUAUCCAGGCCUCUGCUGAUUCAGCUGCGGUGGAUUCUCCAGCUGACGGCUCUGUUUUACCUGAAGCUCAGGCUGGUGAAACCCCAAAUGACAUCUUGAUGGCAGAUGUCCCUGUUGAGGGAAAACCUGCAGAGACCCAGAGCUCCACGCAAGAAUCUGAAGAUGAUUCAGACUGGGGCUUAGGUUCUAUCAGAGGGGGUUUCCAGGCAGUGAAUGGCUAUUUUGACUCUAUACUGGAGCUGAUGGGGGGUCGGGAUGGUGUAUGUCAGUACCGCUGUAGAUAUGGUAAAGCUCCUCAGCCUCGGGCUGGAUAUCAAAUGCCGGAGCCUGAUGGUUGUAGCACCUCACUGCUUGGCUUCCAGGUACCGAACAGUUUUGAUAUGGGUGUCCCGGCCAUGACCAAAUGUUGUAAUCAGCUAGACAUUUGCUAUGACACCUGUGGCUCUAACAAGUACCGCUGUGACACCAAAUUCCGCUGGUGCCUCCAUAGCAUCUGUGGUGACCUGAAGAAGAGUCUGGGCCUCAUAUCAAAAGUUGAAGCCUGUGAGACCUUUGCGGACACCAUGUAUAACACCGUGUGGACUUUGGGCUGCAGGCCCUUCAUGAAUGGACAGAGGGCAGCCUGCUAUUGUGAAGGAGAAGAGAAGGAUGAGCUGUGAAGACCUACAAACCAC